GAACACCUAAAUUAAAUGAAAAUAAAAAAAGGAAAUGAAAGUGGAAAGAAAUGCUUAGAAAAUGAAAAUCGUUGUGUUCCCUAUUUAAGGGCCAUGCUUAGAAAGAAGGUCACUGCACAACUUCUGGCCCCAGGUUGUUCCCCGGACGCCCAGCUCAGCCAGGCCAGCAGCACCCUCGGUCGCCCAUGGCCCUCCUGCUCCCUCUACUCACCGCCCUGGUGGUGUUCAGCGCUGGCCCCGGGCGAGCUCUGGGCUGUGACCUGCCUCAGGACCACGAAGGAAAGGACUUCAGAUUCCCCCGGGCAGCGGUGGAUGGCAGCCAGGUCCAGAAGGCCCAGGCCAUCGCUGUCCUCCACGAGAUGCUCCAGCAGGUCUCCAACCUCCUGUCCACAGAGAACUCCUCUGUCACCUGGAACAUGACCCUCGUGGACCAACUGCGCUCAGGACUCCACCGGCAGCUGGAAGACCUGGACAUGUGUUUGGUGGAGGAGAUGGGAGAGGAAGGAUCUGCCCUGGCCAUGCAGCGCCCCACCCUGGCCUUGAGGAGGUACUUCCAGGGCGUCCAUCUCUACCUGAAGGAGAAGGAAUACAGUGACUGUGCCUGGGAGGUGGUCAGAGUGGAAAUCAUGAGAUCCUUCUCCUCAAUAACAGCCUUGCAGGAAAAGCUCAGAAAUAAGGAUGGAAACGUGGGAUCCCCCUGA